ACACUGUGUGUUCUUCCUACCUCACUCCCUUUCUCUCUCUUCAUUACUCUGUAAACCAAGCUUCGAAUCUCUCUCUCUCUUUCUCUCUCUAAAUGGCAAAACCCACCUAUUUUUCUUCAUUACAACCCUUCUGUUACUGCAUGUCUUCUUCUAGGUCAAACUUUAUUUGAUGAUCACUGCUUGAAAACACUCGAAAAUGGUGGCAAAUCGGUGCGAUCAGUUUCUUCUACUGAAGUUCGUUGCGGUGAUCUUCGUUUCGUUGAGUUUUGUUAACGGCACUACUGAUCCCAGUGACGUUCAAGCAUUACAGGUUUUGUACACAUCUUUAAACAAUGCUGCACAGCUAACAAAUUGGAAAAGUAAUAGUGGUGACCCAUGUGGUGAGUCAUGGAAAGGGGUUACCUGUGAUGGCACUUCUGUUAUUUCCAUUCAACUACCUGGUUUAGGGAUUGAUGGGACACUGGGAUACUUGUUGUCUGGCCUCACUUCACUGAAAACAUUGGAUUUAAGUGGAAACAACAUUCAUGAUGCACUUCCAUAUCAGUUACCCCCAAAUCUUACUAGCCUAAAUCUUGCAAACAACAAUUUAACUGGAAAUCUCCCGUAUUCCAUAGCGUUGAUGUUUAAUCUGAAUUACAUGAACCUUAGUCACAAUGUACUCACUCAAACUGUUGGAGAUAUAUUCAAUAAUCUCACUAGUCUUGCUACCUUGGAUCUUUCAAACAAUAACUUAACUGGAGAUUUACCAAGUUCCCUCAGCUCAUUGUCAAACAUUUCUACAUUUCAUGUGCAGAAUAAUCAAUUAACAGGUUCUUUAAAUGCUCUAUCUGGUCUGCCUUUGACUGAUGUAAAUAUAGCAAACAACCAUUUUAAUGGAUGGAUACCACGGGAGCUUCUAUCUGUUCCUUCUUUCAUAUAUGAUGGAAAUUCAUUUGACAAUGGCCCUGCUCCCCCUCCACCACCAUACACCCCACCGCCACCUGGCAAAACUCCAAAUAACCGCACCCGUUCUCCUCCUUCACACACACCUACAGCAUCUAAACUGCCAUCAUCAAAUACAAGCAGUGGAAAGAAACUAAGCCUCGGGGGUAAAAAGAAAGAAAAUGUCACAAGAACUUCCACACCUAUCAGUGGCGAGAAAGUUAAUGCGGAAUUGCAAGAGCAGAGGGUAAAACCGACAACUAGCAGCAUUGUGGAUAUGAAGCCUCCAAUAACAGAAAACUCUACAUUUGAGAGAGGGAAAAAUGGAUCAAUGAAGAGAAUGAAAUCUCCUUUAACAACUAGUUCUUAUACAGUUGCAACUCUUCAAACAGCUACAAAUAGUUUCUCUCAAGACAAUAUAAUUGGUGAAGGUUCUUUAGGGCGUGUUUACAAAGCAGAUUUCCCAAAUGGAAAGAUGAUGGCAGUUAAAAAGAUAGAUAAUGCAGCAUUAUCACUACAAGAAGAAGAUAAUUUUGUUGAAGCUGUUUCAAAUAUGUCACGUUUAAGGCAUCCAAACAUAGUUCCAUUAGCUGGAUAUUGUGCUGAACAUGGUCAACGCCUUUUGGUUUAUGAAUACAUUGCAAAUGGAAGCUUGCAGGAUUUACUCCAUUUUCUUGAUGAUCCAACCAAAACUUUGACAUGGAAUGCACGUGUUAGGGUUGCACUUGGCACUGCUAGAGCUCUAGAGUACUUGCAUGAAGUUUGUCUGCCUUCUGUUGUUCAUAGAAACUUAAAGUCUGCAAAUAUUUUACUCGAUGAAGAGCUGAAUCCUCAUUUGUCAGACUGUGGUUUAGCUGCCCUUACACCAAACACAGAGCGAGAGGUAGCAACACAGUUGGUUGGGUCAUUUGGUUACAGUGCUCCCGAAUUUGCAUUGUCUGGCAUAUACACUGUAAAAAGUGAUGUUUAUAGCUUUGGAGUGGUAAUGUUGGAGAUUUUAACUGGUCGAAAGCCAUUGGAUAGUUCAAGAGCAAGAUCUGAACAAUCACUUGUAAGGUGGGCCACCCCUCAACUCCAUGAUAUUGAUUCUUUAGCCAAAAUGGUUGAUCCUACAUUGAAUGGCAUGUAUCCUGCCAAAUCUUUGUCCCGAUUUGCUGACAUCAUCGCCCUUUGUGUCCAGCCUGAACCGGAGUUCAGGCCUCCAAUGUCUGAAGUUGUGCAAGCAUUGGUUCGGCUUAUGCAAAGGGCAAGUGUGGUAAAAAGGCGAUCAAGUGAUGACUCAGGAUUCAUAUACAAAACACCGGAUCAUGAGGCGUAUGAGAUGUCAUAUUAGCUCAAAAAACCUUGCAAUUUUCACGUAUAUUAAUGCAAAGGUCAAAGAGUCAAAAGUCAACAUUAUUGAUGAGAGAUGAGUUGAAUGAAGAUGAAGAGAUUUGAGAUCUAGAGUAUAUAUAAUAUUUGUCUAAUUCAUUUUACGUCACUUGAGGUUCAAGUUAA